AUUCGACGCACCGUUUCCGUACCAGUACGAAUUCUGCGAAGAGACUACCGACCGACGAUGCCGCCGAAAGCCAGUGGGAAAGCCGUGAAGAAAGCUGGAAAAGCUCAGAAGAACAUCAGCAAGGCUGACAAGAAGAAGAAGCGCAGGAGGAAGGAGAGCUAUGCGAUCUACAUCUACAAAGUCUUGAAACAAGUUCAUCCCGACACGGGAAUCUCCAGCAAAGCCAUGAGCAUCAUGAACAGUUUCGUCAACGAUGUAUUCGAACGUAUUGCCGCGGAAGCAUCUCGUCUGGCUCAUUACAACAAACGCUCCACGAUCACGUCUCGGGAAAUCCAGACUGCCG